GAGUUGAAGUUAUCACAGAGGUAUUUAAAUUUUAGAGUAGUACAGUUACGGUUUUGUACUACUCCGACUCCGUUUGUUUUGGAUGCGGCUGACAACGUAUUCGCUCCCCCAUGCCUGCAACUUCUGGUUUAAACUAAAGGAUCUGCGACUUGCAUUCCAAUCCGAAAACAAGGAAGUGGAACAGUUGAGUGUCACUUCCUAUGACACUGUCAAACUGUAAAGAAGCGUCUCAUUCAGAACAUCAACAAUGCUGUUGCUUCUGAUACCUGUCGGCUUGCUUGUAUUGAACCAAAUUAAUGCAAUGGUUUGUACUAUUGGUCUGGAACCGGAUCCGAGUGCAGGGAACAUAUACCGAUGGGUCAUCCCAGUGGAAGAUCCCUGUAGUUGUACUGAGAUUCAACUGGGUGGUAUGAACACACGUACUCCUGGCCGCAACUUCGAAGUCAUCUACUUUGAUGUCCUUAUGUCAAGUGCAGACGAAUUAAACAACUGGCUCAACUGUUCAGGUGGACGGACAGGCAGCAAUGUGGAAAGUGAUGCAGUGGUCGAUGAGGGCGCUUCAUCGGAUAAUGACCCUCAGUUCAUGUUAACUACUGGUGCGGUUCUUCAAAUAGAGGGUACUGCAUGCGGUGCUGACAACACGUUCAAAGUAGACCCCAACGACUGCGCUUUGUUUUAUGCAUGCUCAUAUGGGUUUUGGAUUCAGAAAUCAUGCGGGGAACUAUAUUUUAACACCGCUUUCAAUGGAUGUGAUUUCACUCAAAAUGUCCCUUGCCCCCGACUGUUUUAAGGCAAUCGCACAACAUCGGUUAAUAUUGCUAUCCAAAGGCCCACACUUCGUGUAUCACUGCUUAUUAUAUUAA